GUCUCUUCCUCCUUAAAACUAACCCAAGUUAAAGAAAAAACCAACAAAAAAACUAGAGUUAAAGGAGCUGGAAGAACACAAAGAAAAGAUACACGUGUUGUUUUGUAAAGAAGCCACAUUAGCUGUUGAGGAGGAAUGGCUCCUGAUAAGCAUUGUCCAUUGAUUCAUAUAUAAAACUGAAGCUUUGUGGUCGACUUCUUCUCGCGGUCUCGUGCGCCCUCUUCUCUGUCCGUCUCUGAAAGCAAAUGUAUAAUCCACGCCAACAACGCAGCGAUAGAGAAGAAGCCUCACGAAGCUCUCUGUUGCAGACGCGGACAUAUUUCAUCGAAAAGCACAAAGCAACAAAGCGCGAGAAGUAGCAGCCUCGAUCUGAUGAGUUGUUGCAGACAACAAUGGAUUUCUCGAGAUCGAGUUCUUUAACAUUGGGCGAGCGGAUCUGCGCGGCAUUUAUACCAUUUAUAGCGAUUAUAGAGGUGUUGGUUUUUGCUGUGACCGAUUGCUUCAGCUACCGUCCGCGCCAAACCAAAUGCCGUUUUGCUUUCGGCGAUAUGUCUGUCCUGGCCGAUGAAACAAGAUUUACUGUUAAUGAGCUGGAGGCAUUGUAUGAGCUGUUUAAGAAGCUGAGUAGUUCAAUUAUCGACGACGGAUCGAUUCAUAAGGAAGAGCUUCAAUUAGCACUAUUCAGAACUCCCUAUAGUGAAAAUCUUUUCCUGGACAGGGUUUUUGAUCUCUUUGAUGAAAAGAAAAAUGGUGUCAUUGAAUUUGAUGAGUUUGUUCAUGCACUGGAUGUCUUCCAUCCAUAUGCCCCUAUAGAUGAUAAAAUUGAUUUUGCAUUUAGGCUCUAUGAUCUGAGACAAACCGGGUUCAUUGAGCGAGAAGAAGUUAAGCAAAUGGUGAUUGCCAUAAUGAUGGAAUCUGACUUGAAAUUGUCAGAUGAUCUUCUUGAGUCUAUCAUUGAUAAGACAUUUGCGGACGCUGAUGCUGACAAAGAUGGUAAAAUUAACAAAGAAGACUGGAAGGCUUUUGUGCUUCGACAUCCAACCCUUUUGAAAAACAUGACUCUACCUUAUUUGAAGUAUGUAACUUGCCUGUGUCUCUUUAGAUGCUAUCCUAUUUUGGGGCAGAUCACAAGUAGCAUUGCUGGGAAGGGGAGACAUCCGAGUGUCGGCACGCUGGGAUGGCCGCAUCACAAGAUUAUCCAUUUGGUUUGA